CAAUUGGGUAUCGAUAAAUUAAAUAUUAUAUCGCUUAUGAAAAAUGUUUAUUUUUGUGCUAAAAAUCAUCAAUCUAUCAAUUUGUUUUCUAAUUUAUGUGAAUUAGUUACAACUCAAAUUCAUAAUCAUAAAGAAUAUAUUACUUCAGAUAGAGUAUGUGUUUUUAAAACACCACAAUAUGAAAAAAAUAAAACAAAAGCAUCAUAUGGUAGUUAUACAAAUAACAAUUCAGAAAACAGAUUUUUAGCUAGUAUUUGUGAUAUUAUUGAAGAAGGUUUAUUUGAAGAAUUAAAUGCUUCUAAAUACUGGAGUUUGAUGAUUGAUGAAUCUAAUACUAUUUCAGAUGACAAACAUUUAGCAAUUGUAGCUAAAUAUUUAAUAAAUAAUAUUCCAUAUAUGCGUUAUUUUGGAAUGCUUAAUUUAGAAGAAACUAAUGCUCUUUAUAUUUUUACUCAAUUAAAAUCAUUUUUCAAAUCAAAAAAUUUUAAUUUUAAUUCUUUAAUUUAUUUUGGUUCAGAUGGCGCAUCUACUAUGUUAGAACAUCAAAGUGGAGUAUCAGCUAGAUUAAAAAAUUUGAAUCCAUUUAUAUCAUCAAAUUAUUGUAUAGCACAUCGUUUACAUUUAGCUGGCAAAGAUGCUUCCUUAAAAGUUGAAUAUUUUAAAGAGUAUGAAAAAAUUUUACACAAAAUUUAUUCAUAUUUUAGUCGAUCUUAUAAACGGCAAAAAAUGCUACAUCUUAUGCAGGAUAUAAAUGAUAAACCAAAUCUAGAAUUACAAAAUCAUAUUGAAACUAGAUGGCUCUUAUUAUCGAAUGUUGUAGGAAAUCUUUAUCAAAUUAUUGAUUCAAUUUUAUCAACAUUAAAUGAGGAUUCAUUAGAAAGAGAAAAGGAAGCUAAAAAUUUAAUUUUAUUAUUAGAUGAGGAUUUUGUUAUAGUUACUAUAUUCUUGGCAGAUUUGACAACAAUAUUAAAAAGAUUAAUCAAUGUUUUUCAGUCUAAUUAUGUUGCACUUUCACAUCUUAAACCUCAUUUAAAAACAGCAAUUAGCUCUAUUUCUGAAAGUUUUAUUGGAAGUACUGAUAUACAACCUACAUAUGGUAUUAUUUUACAUAAUUAUAUAGACCGUAACAGUAUUAAUCAAGAGACACUUCCUGUUUUUAUUGAAGAUUAUGCAAAGGCAAUCAUUGAAGCAUUAUAA